AUGAAAACUAAUCGUGUAUGUGAAUUAUCUGUAAUAGAUCGAUACCCAACAACCAUUGCAGCACAAGUUUUAGUGCUUUAUGGUGAGUGGACUAUCGAUGAUGAUGACUUUUUAAGGAACUAUUUGAUGGCGCCAGAAGAAUAUAGGGGGUUAGUCAAUAUCAAUGUUCUUGAAAUGUAUGUUGAAAGGAUACCUCACAGUCGUCAGGAAGCCCCUCAAGUCCAGCCUACUCAAGAAGAGUUCGAUGAUGGUGAUGAUGAUGAGGUUGAUGUUAAUCCCCGUAUGCAGGAACUACAAUUAGCAGAAAUGAUGCAAAGUCAGCCAAACCAGCAAGAACCGAUGGCCAAAAGCCCAAUUCACCAACAAGAACCGAUGGCUGAAAGCCCAAUGCAGUGGCAUUCUGACGUGAUUCCAUAUCUUGACAAUCUUCAAGGUUGUCCUGAUGCCUUCGUCUACACCAAAGAAAAUGAUCCAAUUCGCCAUAAAUUGUGGAAAGAACGGGUCGAUCUUUUGCCGAGGUAUAUAGCAGCUCUACAGAAAUUCAAUCCUGGUACUAUUGUAGAGUGGAAGCUCAUUGCCGGUAAUAUUUUCAAUUUUGUGUUUUGGACAUUCAAAUCACGCAUUGAUGGUUUUGUUCAUUGUUGGCCAGUUAUAUCAAUAGAUGGCACACAUAUGUAUCGGGUAUACGACAUCAAGUUACUGAUUGCAGUAGGGAUGGAUGCCAAUGGGUCGAUAUUCCUUCUUGCUUUUGCUAUUGCUACUAACGAAAGUAAUGGCAUAUGGGGGAUGUUUUUGACACAUUUGAGGCGAUAUGUUAUAAAGGAUCGUAUGAGCAUAUGCGUGCUAUCUGAUCAACAUCAAGCGAUAUUACAUAGUAUGACUAAUUUGCCGGGGUGGCAGCCUCUAUUUGCUUACCAUCGCUUUUGUUUAAGGCACACAAAAGCAAAUUUCCAAACAAAAUUUGAAAACAGCACACUAAACAAAUUGAUGUGGGUGGCUGCAAUGGAGCAUCAACAAAAAAAGUUUCUUAUACGGAUGGAGAUGAUCAAGACAGUGAAUCCAAUAGCAUAUAAUUGGUUGAAAGAUAUCGAGGCUGAGAAAUGGACAUUACAUGCGGAUGGAGGUAGGAGAUGGGGGAUGCUAAUAACAAACAACUCGGAGUCAUUCAAUGGUUUGCUAAAAUCUGCUCGAGGACUGCCUAUUAUUGCAAGAAUGACUUUUAAGCCAGUUGUGGAGCGGUUUGCCACUAAAACAAGACAUGCCAAAACCAUAUUAGCAGAUGGUGCGAAAUUGAUGCCAAAACCUGCACAAAUGUUCGAGCAUUAUAGGAAAAAAUGUGAGCUACACCAGAUGGAAGAGUAUAACUAUGUUGAAUGUGUGUAUGAAGUCCAGACAGGUUAUUACCAAGGCCGGGGAGGGAACCUUCAUACCUUUUAUGAGAGAAUAAGAACGUGUAGUUGUGGUAAGUGGCAAUCAUACCACGUGUCGUGUUCUCAUGCCAUCAAAUGUUUUGAGGCAAUGAGAAAAAGGGUAUCCACUUAUGUGGCAUCUGAAUACAACGUUGAAAAUUAUCUUAAAGCAUAUGCCGGAGGUUUCUACCCACUUGGUGAUCAAUCUUAUUGGCCAAACGAGCCAUUUUCAAUGAUUGCUAACAAGGAGUAA